AUGAACACACCUACAUACUCUAUUACAAAAGUCUACAAUGACAUCAGGGGAGGAGGUAAUAGAGUCGGAUGGCACCACUUUGUUUGGAGUAAAUUAACCAUACACAGAAGUAGAUUCAUAGCUUGGUUAGCCUUCAACAACCGUCUGAAAACAAAACAUCGACUAAAGCUUACUGAAAUUGUUGAGUCUGACACAUGCUCGAUCUGCUAUUUAGAGAGUGAAACACUGAACCAUAUCUUCUUCCAAUGCCGCUUUAGCCAGGAAUGUGUAGCUUAUCUAAAGGAGCGAUAUGAGACCAACAACACAAUAGAGACUCUGGAGGAUACACUGAAGAGGAACCAAAUGGGGCGCCAAAAAAGAAGACAAUUUGAGGCCAUUCUUUGCAACCUCAUCUAUGCAAUAUGGAGUGCAAGAGACGAAGCCUUGUGGAGCCACAAAGUACCAAUGGUGAAAUUGGUGGUGGACAACGUCAUAGACACUUCGGAGACCAAAUUCAAGUUCUCAGCGUCAUUGAGAUUUGACUCAACGUGA